GCUCUCGCGCAUCUCUCGCGCUGUCUUGUCAGAGGACAUGAACACAUGUUUUGAUUACACCACCGGUGGCCGAGCGGCUCCUCCGUUAUUCCUAAUUAAACUCAAUUCCCAAAGUAACAUUUAUCUUCCAGGGUCUGCGCGUUCACUGUGCGUGAGCGCCACUGCCUUCUGCUGUGCGAGAGGAGAUGCGCGCGGGGUCAAUCAAUAAAGCGAGGACACAGACACGGAGGAGCCGAGAUUGGGGUCGACUCCUUUAGCCAUGUUGGCUGCGACGUGUAAUAAAAUUGGGAGCCCGAGUGCUUCUCCUUCCUCUAUUUCGGAUAACUCCUCUUCGUUCGGGAAAGGAUUCCACCCGUGGAAACGAGCGGCAGCCAGCAGCUGUAGUUUGGGAUCCGGUUUAUCCUCUUUCGCUCGGAAUGGUGGUGGUUUAAGCGACUCUUUUGGCACGAACACUUCCACGGGAUCCAGUGCCUUUUCCUUAACUUCUGGUACUUCAUCCAACUCCCAUUACGGAAACGACUACUCCGUUUUCCAGGCGUCGGUUUCCAACAACUCCCAAGAGCCCAGCCACCAGCCCAUGUUUAUUUCCAAGGUGCACACGUCCGUGGACAGUUUGCAAAGCAUUUACCCGAGAAUGAGCGUGGCGCAUCCCUACGAGUCGUGGUUCAAGUCCUCGCACCCUGGCAUACCCACCGGGGAUGUGGGCACCACGGGCGCAUCCGCGUGGUGGGACGUGGGAGCCGGCUGGAUUGACGUGCAGAACCCGAACGGAGCCGCGCUCCAGACGUCCCUUCACUCCGGUGGGCUGCAGACUUCUUUACACUCUCCUUUGGGGGGAUACAACUCAGACUACUCGAGUUUAAGCCACUCUGCCUUCAGUACCAGUGCGUCCCCGCAUCUCCUGACCACCGGUCAGCAUCUCAUGGACGGAUUCAAACCCGUGCUCUCCUCGUACCCGGACUCCAGUCCCUCUCCCCUGGGUGGAGCGGGAGGUUCCAUGUUGACAGGGGGUCCGACGGCCUCGUUGGCGGGGUCUCCGCGGUCCUCAGCGCGGCGCUACUCGGGCAGAGCGACGUGCGACUGCCCGAACUGUCAAGAGGCGGAAAGGCUGGGUCCAGCUGGCGCGAGCCUCCGCAGAAAAGGGCUACACAGCUGUCACAUUCCCGGGUGUGGGAAAGUGUACGGCAAAACGUCGCACCUCAAGGCUCAUUUGAGGUGGCACACCGGAGAAAGGCCGUUUGUGUGUAACUGUGAAGUGGCCUGUCAUUGCUAA